AUGGUGUUUACAAGACAGAGCUAUAAAGAGCUGGGAAUUCCCCUCAUCAAAGCGGCUGAACCCUCUACAAGAGGAAGGCAGGUGAAAAUCUCACAAUAUUUUAAACCGAAAACAGACAAAAUAAAUAAUGCGGACAAACGACACCCCCACGAAUGGUCCAUAGACCGUACCAGGUACGGGGAGCUAAUGGAAACAGACGAAGAAGGGGUGGGAGUCAGUCUGGCAAUGGAAAUAAAACAAGUUGCCAUAGAAGAUGAAACCUCAGUGAACCAACCGGGGCUGGAGCAGGAACAAGAGUCACAAGAGGAAAACCCAGUAAUUAAGACAGAUGAGCCCUCCCAGGGACCAGGGCCCGGGGAGAAGACGGGGUUUCACACUGUGACGAAUGGGGACCCGGAGGACACAAGAGCCCAAGCUCGCGACUUGGAAUGCCUCCCUACAUACUAA